AAGGUCAAAACGCGCGCUGGGGCGCGAAAGGUCACGACUCGAGUGGAUCGGAGUUACAGUGAAGAGAAGCCGAAAUUUUAUUUGGGACGUUUGUCUUACGUCUGUGGAGUAUCACCGUAGAGUAAUUAGUUAGGCGGUAAUUUAAACACGGUUAAAGAACAAAACGUGUGGCCAAAACGGUGGAGUAAACCAUGGCUGAGAGACCAGAAGACCUGAACCUUCCGAACGCCGUCAUCACCCGCAUCAUCAAAGAGGCGCUGCCGGAGGGGGUGAAUGUGUCCAAAGAAGCCAGAAGGGCCAUUUCUCAGGCUGCCAGUGUCUUCGUGCUCUAUGCUACUUCAUGUGCCAACAACUUUGCCAUGAAGGCCAAGAGGAAAACCUUGAAUGCAGCAGAUGUAAUGGCUGCCAUGGAGGAGAUGGAGUUUGAACGGUUUCUCCAACCACUGAAGGAAGCUUUGGAGGGUUUCAAGAAGAGCCAGAAGGGAAAGAAGGUGGCAUCUGAGCAGAAGCAGAGAGAGAAAGAAAAGAAGGCCGAUGCAGAGAAUGGCAAGGGCAAGGAGGAAGACAAUGAAGAUGAGGAAGAGCGUAUGGAUGAGGAACAAGAGGAAGAAGACGAAGAGGAGGUGGAGAAUUGAUGGUCGGUUACAUGUCAAUAUAGUCUGCUGUCUGUUGUUGGACAUUCACCUGUUAUGGAUGGUAAUAACCAUUAUUAUGACCUGAUUGGUAGUUCCAAAUGCGUAUGAAAGUCAUCUGACUUGGGUGAGAGAACUGGUAGGUCAGAAUGUGGGUUCUCUAUGUGUAGCAUUUUUUUUCCUGAAUGUCGUGUGUUUGGGAUACGGAGGCAAAGGACCUGCCAAAACCUACAUUUGAAAUGGUGUUUAUGAUGGGUGCUUUGACGAUGCAGCUAAAAGAGGCUAACCCACCUUUGCUUCCGGCUCUGUGGAAAAGGACCAAAAGCCUUUUGUACAACUGCCUUAACCUGGGGAGUAGCUGGAUUAAAUGGUUUGUAAUAUUGGCAUACAGCUCAGGGAACUUACUAAAGGCACAGGCUGGGAGUUGUGCGAGGGAUCUGUGCCGAUACCUCCAAGAGGGCUGCAUUACUGCAUCAGCUACAUUUUUUAAAGGCAAACUAUAAAAUCACAUUGGAAAUUCAAUGAGGAAAAAAAGAACCUCAAUUAACCAAACAUAACUGAAGAUCUGCAUUUGUGAUACCAGUGGUUCAUAGGGACUUUAUUCAACUUCCUUCAAGGUGCUUUUCCUAAAUUUGUAUAUAUAUAUGACUAAAUAAAGUUUGAUACUUUUGGAAA